AUGCUGUUGCUGAGUAUUUAUUGAAGUUCUUGUUCAAAAAUACGAACUCCACGGCGACACUUGAUUUUGUUCUUCACUCGUCAAAACCAUGCUUUUGUUCUUUGAGUAUAACAAACUGAGCUCACGAUGCUGCUAAUCAGGACGCUUCGUGUUAGUUGCCGUGAUGACUAGAGCAGGUACUAAAAAAGUGCAGUUGCUGUUGGUCAUGUUUUAUGUAAAACUUCCCGAGCUUUUAUUUUCAAUUUCAUCCUCACGAACAGGACGGGCGGCACUAUCCAUGAGUAUCGAGAUCCGUCCGAAUGAUCAUCACAACUACAAUAUAUGAGCUAGUAUGCUAUUUUCUCGUGCGUACGAUUUUGAUGUACCUGGGGUUCCAUUUUAUCUACGGGGAUGGUACUACGUUGUAUCACGAAAUAUUAAUUUGUCGAGUGAGCAGUAGAUCCUCGCAACUAGAAGUACGUGUAUUUGUGAUGAAAAAAGUAGUGACAGGGCUUUGCUUUAUCCCUCCAUAAAGUAGACAACCGAUACCCGGGGGGAGCGGAGUAUGGCGCUCUCAACUGUUACAUUCUCAACUGUUACAUGAUUUGUCAUGCAAAAUCGCCUUGACUAUCAACGCCAUCAAGCUGCUUCGCAUGACAAAUUCUCAGACGGCCAAACAGGCUGAGAAUCUGCGCCAAAUCUGUCAUGCAAGACGCGCAAGGUCCUUCCUUUCACUUUUGCCAUUCUUGCAUCACAAAUUCGUGUAACAGUUGAGAAUGUAACGUUUGAGAACGCCAUACGCAGACGCCACCGUAGUGAGCGUCCGCCCAAUCGAGACAGACGCAACCGUAUCCUGUGCAAAAGUAUCGUACUCGUAGUAAUUGCAUUUAUGCAUGACAAAUCUUUUUCUCAAGGCCGAUCCGCAUUACAAAUUCAAUUUGUAAUGCUAAGUCAAUUUCUUGUCAUGCAAUUACUAUAUAUUAUAUUCAUGCGAAAAAAGAGGUAGACAGAGGGUAAACAAGAGGUGGCCGAGAGGUCAAAAAGAGGUCAAAAGAGGUAAAAAAGAGGUCGACAGAGGUGGAGAGGUGGCGCGGGACCCCUUUCGAGAGGGUCGGCGAGAGGGUGCGCGAGUAUAGCCCGCCGAAGGCCCCACCUUAAGGCGGCGCCUAAGUGCCUCAGAGGGUGCAGAGAGGUCAAAAAGAGGGGGCGCGAGAGGUCGACAGAGGUCGAGAGAGGUGGCGCGAAUAAGGGGCGACCUCUCGCGGAACCUCUUGGCCACCUCUCGGCCACCUCUGUCGACCUCUACCCGCGAGUAUAGCCGGAUUAUUAGCGGGGACCCCCAAAAGAGGGAAAGCUAGAGGGUCUGCGAGAGGUCUGCGAGAGGGUGAAAACGCAAAGUGGUGGGCGCGAAUCCGCAUGGUACUACCAAUAUUUGGCACUGCAGGCCAUUCGCGGACUUGUUUUGUUCGGCGCCUGUCCCCACUACCCUCUCGCGCCACCCUCUCGCGCGCCCUCUCGCGCCACCCUCUCGCGCCACCCUCUCGCGCACCCUCCCUCUCGCGCCACCCUCUCGCGCUACCCUCUCGCGCCACCCUCUCGCGCUACCCUCUCCCGCCGAGCGCCCUCUGUUCGCCCCCGGUGUUCUUUGCAGCUGCUCCCUGCGCAGAGCGCCCGCAGGCGCGGGAAGCGCGCAAGUGGCCCCGCGGGUUGGCGCGGCGCAAACCGGCGGCACGAAUGCAGUGCGUUUUGUUGUACAUAGGCCAGUGGGGUUGUGGUCCGAUCGGCAAACAGUCUUGCCCCGGCUCAACAGCCUUGCGCUCCGGCGGCAGCCGGAGCAUGGCUGGUUUAUACUAGUGCGAUGCUUUUGCAGUUCAUAAACCGUAGCGACGAGCCGCAGGGCCGUCGGUCACGGUCUCCGCGUGGUCGUGACGACCGGCGAUCACGGUCUCCGCGUGGUGGUCGUGAUCGCGACACGUCCAGCAACAGCAAUCCAGACGGAAAAAAUUCUAUCCAAGAAAAAAAUGUUGGUAGUGUAAAUCUGUGAUGCGCAACAUGCAAAGUGAUUGCGUCUGUCAUGCUUGGCAUGCAUAGUACGGUCCAUGACCAUGAAAGGGCGUUUUCACGUACUAUCUGCGCAUGAUAGGUUUUUGCUGUCAUGCUAGACGAAUUUGUAAUGCUGUUCGUCCAAAAAAGAUACACCUACAACUUUUUUUCCUAUGGAUAAAUUCGAACAACAAGGGACGCGGCAGGAGCGUCAUGCUUGACACCGGACGGGACCGUAUGCAAGAAAAAAACUGUGUAAGUGUAAUUCUGUGAUGCAGAAAGUGCAAAACAGUUACACUUGUCAUGCUGGACAUGCAUCAGAAGCUCUUUUCGUACGUGUUUUCACGUACUAGGCGCGCAUGACAGGCUCUCUCUGUCAUGCAGAGCAAAUUUGUGAUGCUAUUCCUCCAAGAAAGUUACACUAACACAGUUUUUUUCUUGGAUAGACCGUCAGCAUAAUUUAUUACGAAGCAGAACCGAACCACGCGGACAAAAGACAAAUAACCGCCGGGGACGAAGUUUAUCCUGUGCAAAAGUAUCGUAAAACUCGUUGUAAUUGCGAACAUGCGUGACAACUCUCCAUCCCAAUGUAAAACAGCAUGACAAAUUCUCCAUUUGUCAUGCUGAGGUAAUUUGUAAUGCCAUUACUACUAGUACGUUAUACUUUUGCAAUGCAUAAAGUUGCGCUUUUCCUGACAAACGCGUGCGCUUCGAAGAUGAAGACGAAGAGGAGGAGUUUAUCCUGAUUAAAAACGUCCCCACACCUCCAGAGUCAAAUCUGCUAGACAAAUCACACAGCUUUGGUUGUUUGGCAUGACAAGUUUGUCCUCGUAGUGUAGUCCUGUUUUGGUAGCUCAGAAGCAUCACAGACCCAGCGCAUCACGCUGCUCCUAGCGUCACAAAUUUCAAAACACGAAGAGAAAACGCUUCUUAUAGGGUUCCGCAUGAGAAACUUUUUUGGCAUGCAGAAUUGCAUGACAGCUCUGGGGUGAGGACGCUUUUGGUCAGGAUAGAGUUCCAGGGUCGUGGUGGACCAAGACCUGCUAUCAAAUGUAAAAAUGUCUGGGUCUGGAAAAAUGGAACUUGUGAUGCUGCCUUUAGAUUCCAAAAGAAUCUGUAUUGCAUGAGCAGUAAAGGGAAUGUAAUUUUUGCUACGCGGAGAGGGCAUAAUUUGUGAUGCGGAAUAGGCAUCAAGAAGCCCUUGAAAAAUCUGUGAUGCUAGGGCACGCAUCACAGACGUCAUGGCUCAUGCAAAACGUGCAUGACAUCAAGUCUCAAAAUUUUCCAGACCCAGACAUUUUUGCAAUUGAUACUUGCUUCUGGUGGUGGAUCGCGCCGAGGACCUCCUCUUCAACAAGGACGAAACCAGCACGAACGCCAGAACGAUUCGGAGCGCCGGUAUGCAAAGAAAAAAGCGUUACAGUUACCAUUGUGAUUGUGUUGCAGAACGCGCAUGACAGACAACCGCUCUCAUGCAGAUCACUGCAUUGAGCGUUUCCUCGGUGAAGAUGUAGAGCAAGUUUAUUGAAUGAUGUGUUGCUGAAGUUCCAACAAGUGUGUAACUGCAACACUUUUUUGUUGGGAUAGCCGGACCCGUCGUACUAGUUCUCCGCAAGAACACCAGGUGGACGAUCAGGCCGCGCGCCGACAGCGUUCGAAUUCGCCUCGUCGCCCGGCCAGCAAGGAGGACCGGGUUGGCGGCGAUCAAGGGCAGCACCAGGAUGAGGACCGGCCCCGCUCAACAAGCUCGGGCCAGCGUGAGCAGGUCAAAAAAGCGACCACGGCAGCUGCCCGUCCAAAGAAGAAAGCAAAAGAAGAGGAGGAGAGCAGCAGCGGCUCGUCCUCCAGUGACAGUUAUCACAGGUGGAAAAAAGUGUUACAGUUAUGUUAACACAUUUGUUGGAAUUUCAGCACCACAAACUUUGUCUGUGUGACAGACAAGAAGGUGGGAAAACACGAAUGAAAUGAGGCGGGCAAGCAUUUCCUGCAUGAUCGAGGUUUUGUGUCUUGCUUGUCUUCCAUGAUCAGAGUGUGUAACUGUAACACUUUUGUCUCGUGAUAGCAGCGACGACAGCACCAGUAGCAGCGGUAGUGGUUCGACUCCCCCGUCCUCGUCGCCCCCUGGCUAUCCUGUGCAAAAGUUAAAGUACGUAUUGCAGUAUUGCAUGACAUCAAAACUAUUUCCUAGGGGGAAUCAGCAUUACAUGUUGUAAAAGAGAUGAAAUAAAUAUAAAUUUGUAGUGCAGGUUCUACUAGUUGUACUCCACUGGUGCGAAGGUACGUAAAAAUUUUGCAAUGCAUACUAGCAAUGGAAAGACGAACGCCAAGAAGAAUAAACCCGCCGCAAAAGCAAACGCCCAGCAGCGCAAGGCUGUAUCCUUUGCAAAAGUAUCGUACUCGUAUUGCAUUCAUGCAUUACAAACCUUUUUAAUUCAUUUUCUUAAGGUAAAUCAGCAUUACAAAUUUCAUUUCUCACGCUGAGGAAAUUUGUAAUGCAUUUAUACGAGUACGAUGCUUUUGCAACGCAUAGGCUGUUGGUGGUGGCGACAAGGAUCAUGUUGAAGGCCGUGACGAAAACGCUGGAGAUAUCAUAUGCAAAAACGUACCCACCCCAUAGUCAAGUUGGGAACGUAGCAACACAAAUCCAGAAGUUUUGGGAGUCACGCCUGACAAGUUGCAGUCCGUAGUGUAGAAGUACUAGUGCAUGUUACUAGCAAGGACAGCCGCAUCACAAUUCCAUCUGCUUAUCCUGUUUGCAGCAUUACAAAUUCCAAAGCACGAUUGGAAAUGCCUCCCUUGGGAACGCGCAUUACAGAUGUUGCUGCAAUUGCAAAUCUGCAUGACAGCUCUGCUGGGGUGGAAACGUUUUUAAACAGGAUAGGUGAAAAUGGAGGAGGUGCUUCCACAUCGACCGGGCCCCACGACGCGGGUGCAUCUUCGGAGCGUCCUCCCGCUCCUGAACUUACGAACAAUAAUGGCCCGGUCGUGCAGUUGGGGCAGAUGUUGUCAUCUAGCGCCGACGAAGAUCGGGGGCAUGAUGGCACCAGUUUGUUGA